AUGGCAUACGGCUACAGUCAUGCAUCCUGGUCACAAGCGUAUCUAGAAGACGUGUCUAAUUCAACGUUUAAACAGAUAGAGAAAAUGAUUCACUCCACAUUUGAUCCAUGUCGUGUCGGUCGCGGACGAGACGCUGAAGAUCUGGACCAUUGCGAUAUAUCCGUCAAUGACAUACAGAGAGUGAAGAAUCGAAAGAUAUUCCGCGAAUACUGUGACUUCCGAGACGAGCUCAAAGAGAAAACUUGUGACGGGGAUAAUGUUGAGGAAAUUGAGGACUUUCCUCAAAAAGUGUGGAGCUUUAAAAAGUCAAGAAGACAUGUGGAUCUUAACGAAAUAUAUUUAUUCCAUGGGACAUCGGAAGACUCUGCCAACAUGAUUAUCAAUGAGGGGUUUGACACAGGCAUCACUAAUCCCAGAAAUUUGUAUGGAAGGGGCAUUUAUUUUGCUGAGGAGUUUACAAAAGCUGACCAAUACACGGACGACAGAGAUGACCGUGACCCCCACGGAACAGAACUGACCCUGCUCCUGUGCAAGGUUCUGAUGGGCAACGCCUUCAUGUGUGGCAAGUAUGACGCUGAGAAGUGGAAGCAACCACCGUGCAUGAAAUGCGACCGGAGCAAAUGCCGACAUGGCUGGAAGCACAGAUACGAUUCAGUCCUGGGUAGUGGACACGGCAUGCUCUUUAGGGAGUUUGUUGUCUACGACGGGAGACAGGUCUUUCCUGAGUUCAUUAUCAAGUACGAGAGACUCGGAGGCUGGGAGCCUCUUCAUGAAUAUGAGUAA